AUGCCAAACACAGUUCAUGAAAGCGAUAUUCCUGAUAGAAUUGCAGCAGCCAGAAGAGAAGCAGAGGCAUUAAAAGAACGUAUCAAACAGCGUAAAGAAGCGCUAGCAGAUUCAACAUUACAGGAAAUGGCUAAAGACAUUGGUGCCUUACCUCGUGUUGUCAUGAAAGCAAGACGUACACUAAAAGGCCAUUUAGCUAAAAUCUAUUCCAUGCAUUGGGCUUCUGAUAAACGACAUCUUGUGUCUGCUUCACAAGAUGGUAAACUCAUUGUAUGGGAUGCAUUUUCAACAAAUAAAGUGCAUGCCAUCCCACUGCGAUCCUCAUGGGUGAUGACAUGCGCCUAUGCUCCUUCAGGCAAUUUUGUUGCCUGUGGUGGUCUCGAUAAUAUCUGUUCCAUCUAUAAUCUUAGGACCCGUGAUGGACCUAUUCGCCCUUCUCGUGAACUGUCAGCACAUAAUGGAUAUUUGAGUUGCUGUCGAUUUAUCAAUGACCGUCAGAUAUUAACAGCCUCUGGAGACAUGACCUGUAUGCUGUGGGAUAUCGAUGCAGGUGUCAAGGCAGAAGAGUUCGCUGAUCAUACAGGCGAUGUCAUGAGUCUUUCUUUAGGCCCUAACCCCAACGUGUUUGUCACAGGUGCUUGUGAUUCCACUGCCAAAGUGUGGGACAUUCGUACUAAGAAAUGUGUCCAGACUUUUGUGGGCCAUGAAUCUGAUAUCAAUGCAGUCCAGUUCUUCCCUGAUGGUAAUUCAUUUGCAACAGGCUCAGAUGAUGCUACCUGUCGAUUGUUUGACUUGAGAGCAGACUGUGAACUAAGUGUGUAUUCGCGUGAGUCCAUCUUGUGUGGAAUUACCUCAAUCGGGUUUUCCCCUUCUGGACGUUUGUUGUUUGGUGGUUACGAUGAUUACAAUUGUAAUGUGUGGGAUACACUGAAAUGUGAACAUGUUGGUGUGUUAUCUGCACACGAUAAUAGAGUUUCUUGUCUUGGUAUUGCUGGUGAUGGUAUGGCUUUGUGUACCGGUAGUUGGGACUCUACCCUCAAGGUUUGGGCUUAG